UGCUCGGUGACCUGUGGGAAAGGAACUCAAAGGCGCCCCAUUUUCUGCCCCACUGACCCCAGAGCCAAGUGUGAUCCAGCCGAAAGACCAGCCUCCGAGGUCGACUGCUGGGCCUCGCCCUGCUGGAAUAGGAUGGAGAACAGCGUUCCCGAUUGGUCUGGGAGUGGCUCCUCCAUCCAUUUCAACGAAAUUGAUUUCAUCCCCAAUUAUCAUGUCCCCAAAUUUGGUCCUUCAGCUCCCAAAUCUGAAAACGUUAUUACAGAGGAAGUUCUCCCCCCCAACAACCAUAAGAAGGGAAAUGUGUUUGUGGAUGACUUUUAUUAUGACUAUAAUUUUAUCAAUUUUCAUGAGGAUUUGGCUUAUGAACUGGUGGAGGAAAAGGACAGUAAAAGGGAAGACUUGGAGCCCAAUUUUGGGGUCAAGAUUUCUCACAAGAUGGAGGCGGAUCCCCAAGAAACCCUUCCUGGUCUUCCUCCCACCACAGACCUGAAAGUCAAAUUGGCUGAUCAAGGCUCCACGUCUCCUACUGUUGGGCAGGAAUAUGAGAAGGAGCAUGAUAAUGUUCAGGACAGUAGCACAACUGGCACCUUGCAGGAUUCCUUCGUUACCAGAGUUGUCACCAGCUCUUCUGCUUCCGUUCAGCCGUCACUUUCAGAAGAUCAUACUUCCACUUCAACGGUGAAGCCUCCUCCUUCGGGAAGCAACCACCAUGUAUUCGGUGGUGCUACUCAAGAACCUCCUUCUACAAAUACUUCUUUGGAAGCCAGCACCUCAAGACCUGAUUCCUCCAUCAGCUCUCCUUACUUGGAUGUACUUGCUCCAACAAUGUCUUCUGCCGAGGACGGCGAUCGCAGAAAUGAAUUUGGGACUCCAAGCAACACAGAAACUCCUGGUGGGAGGAUGCAGGACCCCAAGAUUCCUGAACUCAGUGAUAGCGGCGAUCAUGAUUUGUGGGAAAUGGUGGAAGAAACCAGCAGAAAGCAGAGCAACGGAGACAGAGCCACGGUCAAGGGCGAAGGUAACAUGGAUGCUGCUUAUACAGCGAAGGAAAAUCUGGUAAAUACAUUUGCCAGAACGACUGCAAGAACAACCGGGACACCCUACCGCCUCGCCCACCAUCUCUCCGCUUCGGCUGAAGCCUCCUGGGCUGCUUCUGUUCCAGAUGCAGACACGAGCAGCAUCUCAGGACGGGGCCGUCUCAAGGAGGCCCCCUGGCUCACCGUGGAGCUUUCAUCGGGGGCGUCUCCCUCCACUUCUGCAUACCAGUUGCCCGGAUCCAGCAGAAAGACCCAAAGGCUCCACCAUCCGGUCACUCUGACACCACAGAUACCAACUGAAUCAAACUCUUUGGAUCGGAGGAUCCCCACCUCUUCUCCCUCCGCAUUGCUUCCUUCACACCAGGAGCAAUCUAAUACGAUUGAGGCAGACCUGGAGACUGAGCCUCUACCUUCCCCUGAGGAUCGGGAAUUCUCCAGGGACAGAAGCGAAAGUCCACCUCCCCGCGUGCCAACUGCCAGGAGUAAAGGAGGUGCUGGGCCUGAGGUCCAAUUCCAGGAACCGGAAGAGAAGAUGGCGGCGCCUUCUGUAGCUCCUCCUGCUGCUGUAAUAGCUGCUCUCAAUGCUAGCUGGGAAGCUGGAAACUGGAGUGAGUGCUCUACAACCUGUGGCCUUGGCGCAGUUUGGAGGGUUGUGCACUGCAGCACCGGAAGUGAGAACGACUGUGACUUGACUAGAAAGCCAGCUCCUGCCCGGCGCUGUUACCUGAGGCCCUGUUCCAAGUGGCACGUGGGAAAAUGGAGUAAGGUAGACAGACCUCAUCCCAAUGACAGGGACGGAUGCGGGGACAGACCUUUGAUGAAUUGUGCAUGCGAGGGUGUCUCCUUUUUCCCCGUGGAUUUUUCCUUUUGCCCUAGAGUCUAGACUCUGCCAAGGCGACCUAUAAGUGGACGCGGGUUUUAGUUUAGCUCUCCCUCCCUUCGUUUCUUAAACAC